CCGGCGGCCAUCUUAGAGAAGGGCAGCUGGGAGGAGGGGCGUCCUUGCUCCUUCCUCCCUUGAGUAAGAUGUCGGCGCCUCUCGGACCUGCUGGACGUUCCGCUGCAGGGUUGGGGUGCCGCUGAGGCGGCGGGCGGGCGGCAACAGCAGCAGCUAUGGGCGAGGCUGAGAAGCUUUAUUAUGUGUAUAGCUGCGACCUUGACAUCAACGUGCAGCUGAAGAUAGGAAGUCUGGAGGGGAAAAGAGAACAGAAGAGUUACAAAGCUCUCUUGGAAGACCCCAUGCUGAAGUUCUCAGGACUGUAUCAAGAAACUUGCUCUGAUUUGUAUGUAACUUGUCAGGUGUUUGCAGAAGGGAAGCCUCUUGCUCUUCCAGUUAGAACUUCCUAUAAAGCUUUUAGCACUAGGUGGAACUGGAAUGAAUGGCUGAAACUGCCUGUGAAGUAUCCAGACUUACCUCGCAAUGCACAGGUGGCUCUAACCAUCUGGGAUGUAUAUGGGCCUGGUAAAGCAGUUCCUGUGGGAGGAACAACGGUCUCGCUCUUUGGGAAAUAUGGUAUGUUUCGUCAAGGAAUGCAUGAUCUGAAAGUCUGGCCCAAUGUAGAAGCUGAUGGCUCGGAGCCAACCAGAACUCCUGGGAGAACCAGCAGCACAGUUUCUGAGGAUCAAAUGAGCCGCUUGGCAAAGCUCACAAAGUCUCAUCGGCAAGGCCACAUGGUGAAAGUGGACUGGCUGGACAGGCUGACCUUUAGAGAAAUAGAAAUGAUAAAUGAGAGGGAAAAACGAAGUUCUAAUUUUAUGUACCUGAUGAUUGAAUUCCGUUGUGUCAAGUGUGAUGAUAAAGAAUACGGAAUAGUUUACUACGAAAAGGAUGGUGAUGAGUCAUCUCCAAUUUUAACAAGUUCUGAAAUUGUUAAGAUUCCAGAUCCACAAAUGUCUAUGGAGAACUUAGUAGAAAGCAAACAUCACAAGCUUGCUCGAAGUUUAAGAAGUGGACCUUCUGACCAUGAUCUGAAGCCUAAUGCAGCUACACGAGAUCAGCUUAAUAUCAUAGUGAGUUAUCCACCAACGAAGCAGCUGACAUAUGAGGAACAGGAUCUAGUUUGGAAAUUCAGAUAUUACCUUACUAAUCAGGAGAAGGCCUUGACAAAAUUUUUGAAGUGUGUCAAUUGGGACCUACCUCAAGAGGCAAAGCAAGCACUGGAGCUACUGGGCAAAUGGAAGCCAAUGGACGUGGAAGACUCUCUAGAACUCCUGUCAUCUCACUUCACUAAUCCAACAGUUCGACGAUACGCUGUUGCUAGGCUUCAGCAGGCUGAUGAUGAGGAUUUGCUGAUGUAUCUGCUACAACUGGUCCAGGCAUUGAAAUAUGAAAACUUUGAUGACAUAAAGAAUGGACUGGAACCUAGCAAGAGGGAUAGUCAAGGUUCAGUGUCAGAAAGCAUGACAACAUCUGGAGCUAAUGGUACAGAAAUAGACAGUUCCCAGAUCAUGACUCCUAUUCCAUCUGUUUCCUCGCCACCUCUUACCUCUAAAACAAAGGAGCCUGCAGACAAUGAGAACCUCGAUCAAGACCUUUGCACUUUCUUGAUAUCACGAGCAUGCAAAAAUUCCACGUUGGCGAACUACUUAUACUGGUAUGUAAUAGUGGAAUGUGAAGACCAAGACACUCAGCAGAGGGACCCAAAGACUCAUGAAAUGUACUUAAAUGUGAUGAGAAGAUUUAGUCAGGCUUUGCUAAAGGGUGAUAAGUCUGUCAGGGUGAUGCGUUCGUUGUUGGCAGCUCAGCAGACGUUUGUAGAUCGCCUGGUUCAUGUAAUGAAAGCAGUGCAGCGUGAAAGUGGGAAUCGUAAGAAAAAGAAUGAGAGGCUUCAGGCGUUGUUAGCGGAUAAUGAAAAGAUGAAUUUAGCGGAUAUGGAACUUAUUCCACUUCCUCUGGAGCCUCAGGUGAAAAUUAAAGGGAUAAUCCCUGAAAAAGCCACACUCUUCAAGAGUGCCUUAAUGCCUGCUCAGUUAUUCUUCAAGACAGAAGAUGGAGGUAAAUAUCCUGUAAUAUUUAAGCAUGGUGAUGACUUACGUCAAGAUCAACUUAUUCUUCAGAUUAUUUCACUCAUGGAUAAGCUCUUAAGAAAAGAGAAUCUGGAUUUGAAGCUGACACCCUAUAAAGUGCUGGCAACUAGUACAAAACAUGGUUUCAUGCAGUUUAUUCAGUCAGUGCCAGUUGCAGAAGUUCUUGCUACUGAGGAAAGUAUACAGAACUUCUUCAGAAAGCAUGCACCUAGUGAGACUGGGCCUCAUGGAAUAAGUGCAGAGGUGAUGGACACGUAUGUUAAGAGCUGUGCUGGUUAUUGUGUAAUUACUUACAUCCUUGGAGUUGGAGACAGACAUCUGGAUAAUCUUUUGCUAACAAAAACAGGUAAACUGUUUCACAUAGACUUUGGUUACAUUCUGGGUCGGGACCCUAAGCCUCUACCUCCCCCAAUGAAGCUGAAUAAGGAGAUGGUGGAAGGCAUGGGAGGCACGCAGAGUGAGCAGUACCAGGAAUUCCGUAAGCAGUGCUACACAGCCUUUCUCCAUCUCCGCAGGUAUUCCAACUUGAUCUUGAACUUAUUUUCCCUCAUGGUGGAUGCCAACAUUCCAGAUAUUGCUCUUGAACCUGACAAGACUGUAAAAAAGGUGCAGGACAAGUUCCGUUUGGACCUGUCUGACGAAGAAGCUGUCCAUUAUAUGCAGAGUCUAAUUGAUGAAAGUGUCCAUGCCCUCUUUGCAGCUGUGGUGGAACAGAUACAUAAGUUUGCACAGUAUUGGAGAAAAUAAGCCCUUUGCUUUCCUGUGAUGGAAACAAGCCUCAGCAAAUGCUCAAGAAAGAGACUUUCUCAAGCCCUUGUGGACUUCAUUAAACAGUUUUGGAAGGCAAAAGCUGCCGAUCUGGUAGCAUGGAGAACCGAGAGCUCAGGAGGCAGAGAAGCUUUUUGAGUCUCAUUUCUUUAAAGGUUUAAAAAUAACCAUUUUAAAAAAAAAAAAAAAAAAAAAAAAAGGAGAAUGUUUAUUUAUACCAUCUUUCAGGCUCAGAUAUAAUGGCAUUUCUUUCUAAGAAAAAUGUCAGCCUCAAAGGUUGAAGUGAGCAACUUCCUCCCAAGCCAAAGAUAACUGGAAGAGGCUGGAUUUGAUGGUAGAUUCUUGUACCUGUUAAAAUAUUUUAUUUACAAAUGGAAAUCAUUGCUAUACUGAAUAUGUGUAUGUACAAAGUGCAGCAGUGAGGCUACAGUUCUUCAGUGGAGAAAAACACGAAACCACGUUAAUCUCCUCUUCUCCCCUCCCCUCCUACUAACUUUAAUCCUUGUGUAAGUUUUAAAUAUGAUUCGUGUGUUCCUUUAUUUCUCACCUUGGACAAUGUCAUCGUUUAGAAAGGACAAUCAUUUCUUCCCGGCUUACAAAAAUGUUUUUAAGUGCUGAUAAGUUCAUCGGCUGUACACAGUCAAUUAAUCAUCACUAACAGGCUCAGCAACCAGGAUGCACAGUGAGGCGUUCAGUAUUUCACACUUUAAAUACAAAUGUUUUCUGUACAGCAAUUAUAUAUUCAUGACUAAUAAACUCUUUGUUGUUGCA